AGAAUAAUUCAAUCCCAAAUAAAUAGUCUAGGAUAUCCUCGGAGUAAGCCUACUAUAUAAAUCAAAGAGUGAGUUCAAUCGCCAUUCGCCCGUUGGCACAAAGAGAGAGAGACAUCUAUGGGAUGGCCACGGCGGAGAAGAGAAGGAGAAAUCAGAGCGUGUGGGACCAAAACAAAGAAGAGCGAGAGACAAGCGCGAAAAUAAUAUUUUAGGUCACGCAUUGCUUUGACUCUCAAAGCACAACGGGAAAGAGCACGGCGCACGGGCACGGGCACCGGGAUUGCAGUUGAGCAUUUGAUUUGAGCUGCCGCCUUGCACAGCAUGGAGAGAAAGAAACCUCUGCCCACUGGGCACAGACGUCAAUUCGACGUCUAUUCGAAGUUGGUUCAAAGUAAUUUCAUUGCGUGGUAACAACGUUGAUUCAACCAGUGUGUGCUCAGUGUUCGUACUUCGUCCACUAAUUACUUUCCAGAACGAUUUUUCUUCAUCUUGAAGUGGUGCUUUUUUAAAACUGGUAACUGAGAAAUUGUGGAUAAAAUAGGUUAAGAAGAAGAUGAUGGAGUGAUUACCUAGGGGUUAAUAAUAAACAAUACUCGGCGGCAAGGUCCCUUCCACGAGCACAGGUGGAUCCAGCUAAAGCGGUGGAACAGGGUUUUGGACGAGGACAGGAGCAUCAACGCACCACAAUAAUCUCUGAACUACCAGUCUACUACACCGUCAAAGAAUAGGCCUAGCCAUUCAUUCCUAGAUCUGCUUCUUGGUGUCCAUAUGAUGCUAAAUCGCUUCACAAACGGGAUGUGUAUCAGAACGUCAGUAUGGUGAAAAUUGAAUAAUCCAAGUGAUGUGGCCACUGUAGAACGGACAUUGAAUGGGCGCACAACGCACAAAUCAAUUUGCACUAUAGGAGUGUAACCCUACUCAAAUUAUUAUUUUGGCUUGGCUUUCCAAGCUAGCUUUUGUUGGAAUAAUACCUAGUUCUCUCAUUUGGACUAUAUAAUAGACUGUAAGGAUGUCUGAAGCACUCGCCCCAGCCCAGGCGCUCUACAUCGGCAUGGAGGUGGUGAUUGCCGUCUUCUCCGUCCUGGGUAAUGUGAUGGUGGUCUGGGCGGUGAAAAUUAACAAGUCGUUGAGAGACACAACAUUCUGUUUCAUCGUUUCUCUGGCCCUGGCGGAUAUCGCAGUGGGAGCCCUCGUCAUCCCCUUGGCGAUAACUAUCAGCAUCGGACUCCAAACUCACUUCUACAGCUGCCUGAUGGUCGCGUGCACGGUGCUGGUACUGACGCAAAGUUCCAUCCUGGCCCUCCUGGCCAUCGCGAUUGACCGCUAUCUCAGGGUCAAGAUUCCAACCAGCUAUAAGCGUGUGGUGACAAAGCAGCGAGCGGCCGUGGCGGUGGUGGUGUGUUGGACUGUGGCCUUCAUCGUGGGCUUGACCCCCAUGCUGGGCUGGAACAACCUCUGGAGGCUACAGCAGAACGGUUCCUUGAACGAGGAUCUUAUCAUCACUUGUCAGUUUGAGAACGUAAUCAGCAUGGACUAUAUGGUCUACUUCAACUUCUUCGGCUGGGUGCUGCCUCCUUUACUCCUGAUGCUGGUCAUCUACACAGAGAUCUUCUACAUGAUCCACAAGCAACUCAACAAGAAGGCUUGCACCACCAACCACACCGAUCCCAACAAGUACUACAACAAGGAACUGAAACUGGCCAAGUCGCUGGCUCUGGUCCUCUUCCUGUUCGCCAUCAGCUGGCUUCCCCUCCACAUCAUCAACUGCAUCACGUUGUUCUGUCCGACCUGCGACAAACCCCUGUUCCUGAUCUACAUCGCUAUAUUACUCACGCACGGCAACUCAGCCGUCAACCCCAUCGUCUACGCCUUCCGCAUCAAGAAGUUCCGAGACGCUUUCCUGAAGAUCUGGAAGCAGUACUUCUGUUGUAAGGACGUACCCGCUAUUUUGAACCAGCCUAGUGAGAAGGAUAGGAAUGAGAACCAAAAUGGAAACGGGAACGGGAAUCCUAAUCCGAACAGAGACUCACAGCCAGCUCUAUCGCCACCACAAGAAGGGCAGCAGCCUUCACUGGAGCAGAUGCAGGAGGCCAAGCCCCAACGGCCACAGUCUCACAAUGAUGACCCAACACAGCAGGAACCCCCAAUGGAGCUCAACAAUAUCUAACUAACCCCAGAACAAAGGGGAUUUUCUACAUUGAUGUGUCAGAAACCCUAUGAGUUUCUGUCUUGGGAGAUGAAUAGAGGUUGUUUAACAGGAGUCAGAGGCAUCCUCAUAGUCAUUCUGAAUGUAUAGCUAGCUACCAAUGGAGAAGUGUGACAUGGUGAAAGAAAAGUUUAAUCAGUUUACCUUUCGUACCUUGCACCUGAAAGUCAUUAGAUGUGUGUGUACACUUUUUUUGAAUGUAGUGUGGCAUGAUACCUACUGAACGGAAGGAUUCAGGAGCAGAGUUUGGCAACUUGCAGGACUUGUAAAGAUAUCUUACAGACUGAAAUCACAUUUUAACAGCCGGAGGUGUAUUUGAGUUUUAGGCGGAGGAAAAAACAUUGAAAAGGAGUAUUAGGGUUUAUACGGUAAAAACAUUUAAAAGGAGUAUUAGGGUUUAUACGGUAAAAACAUUGAAAAGGAGUAUUUAGCCCCACGGUGGAGGUGUCAUAAUACCCGUAAAAGCAGGUAAAUGGUUCCAAUCGUUUUUCCACCAUUAAUUUUUCCCAUAGGGGAUUUCAGAAACACUUCCAAUAAGGGCUGUGUUUCGUGUAGGUUUACCCUGGUGUGACGUUUUGAUAACCAUGUACAUCUCUCUAGGACAAGGUGACUUUUAUCAAUAUAUUCGCCUCUAUUUACUCUCCGAUUCGAAAAAUGCUAAUUAGCAUCAAAGUAGAAAUCCAUGCAUGCCAUCUCUAGCUGACACCUUUGCUAAAAGGUACUGUGUCAAUUUAAAACUUGCACAAUGCAGUUAACAGAAUUGUCCAUUUAAAGAAAUGUAGCCAUUUUAUUCAUUAUUACAUUUAGCUAACACGACCCUGCUGGUCAUCUAUGAACGUUUGAACAUCUUGGCCAUGUAACUGUUAUAUUUCUCAAUCUGGCACAGCCAGAAGAGGACUGGCCACCCCUCAGAGCCUGGUUCCUCUCGAGGUUUCUUCCUAGGUUCUGGCCUUUCUAGGGAGUUUUUCCUAGCCACCGUGCUUCUACACCUGUAUUGCUUGCUGUUUGGGGUUUUAGGCUGGGUUUCUGUACAGCACUUCGAGAUAUUAGCUGAUGUACGAAGGGCUAUAUAAAAUACAUUUGAUUGAUUGAUUCAUAGUUAAUCCAGAGAUUCUUACCUUUGCCUCGAUUCGGCAGUCUCAUCCAGAUCAACACGGCAUUUUUAGUUGUUUAUGACAGACACACUAGCAACUAAUUAGCCUUUCAUUUUGGGGCGGUGAAAACAGACAAAUAUAUUGAUAAAAGUCACCUUGUCCUAGAGAGAUUUACAUUGUUAUCAAAACGUCACGCCAGGGUAAGCCUACAAAAAACACAGCCCUUAUUUUAAGUGUUUUUAAAUCCCCUAUGGAAAAAAAUGUAUGGUGGAAAAACAAUUGGAACCAUUUCCCUCUUUGACCGUUUGGUUUUAUGGGUAUUAUGACUCAUUCUGUGGUACUCUAUUAGGAUUUAUAUGAUAAAACCAUUGAAAAGGAGUAUUAGGGUUUAAACGGUAAAGACACUGAAAAGGAGUAUUAGGGUUUAAACGGUAAAGACACUGAAAAGGAGUAUUAGGGUUUAUACGGUAAAGACACUGAAAAGGAGUAUUAGGGUUUAUACGGUAAAGACACUGAAAAGGAGUAUUAGGGUUUAUACGGUAAAGACACUGAAAAGGAGUAUUAGGGUUUAUAGGGUAAAGACACUGAAAGGAGUAUUAGGGUAUAUACGUUAAAAAAGGGUAAUGAAAAAUGUGCAAUAAUGUAAGGGCACUAUUCAAUCAGAUACGCUUUAGCCUAUAGUGGUUGUUAUGGAGAUGUCGGAGGUGAAACUGCUUUAGAUCUGUCAAGUCCACAAGCUGCUCCUGGCAUUAUAUCUAAAGCGGACAUUGCCAUUGGCUGCACGGAAUCCUAUGUAGCCUUGUUUACAGAUUCGAAUGUUAGAUGUAAUCUAGGCUGAUAGAAAUCCUCAUUAUUUUGUUUAAUGAUUUUCAAUUUGAGCAUCGUCUAUAUAGCCUAGACUUUCUCGUUCUGAACUUCUUAACGUGAAUGGGAGGGGCGUGGCUUUGUGACAAUGAUCAAGAGCAGUUGCACCGAUUUGACGGCUCCAACGUAAUUACACCUCAGACACAGCCAAAACAUCAGCUAUAUACGGGGUUUCGGCUAUCGCCAGUUAACGCUUGAUCUGAUUGAAUCUAGGCCUAAGUCUCUUUGAUAAUGAGACAUUUUAAUAACAAACUAAUCUGAAGACACUAAGCUUCAACUUACACUUAACAGAACAGUGGGUCUUUAUAACAUGGUGAAAUUGGAAAGGAACUGGUAGUUGAUAUGAUUCUCAUUACAAAAAGAACAAAAUACAACACUGACUGUGAGGUUAAUCAAUGUCACGUUAUCAAAUGUUUUACAUUUUACAAUGUACAAAGAUGGCUUAUAAACCGAAACAAAAUAA